AUGUGGAGCUUCUUUAUAUUGGGUUUACAGGUUAUGGUAAUUGUUGCUUGGAAUGGUUCUGGACAACCAAGCUCCAUUUUCAACUCUGAUGUGUUCAAGAAAGUACUGAGUGUCUUUAUAACUGCUGCAAUACUGAAGCUUGGGCAAGCUGUCCUUGACGUAAUCCUUAGCUGGAAAGCAAGGCAGAGCAUGUCAUUCCAUGUUAAGCUACGAUACGUUUUAAAGGUUGUGUCUGCUGCUUCAUGGGUGAUAAUACUACCUGUUACUUAUGCCUAUACAUGGCGAGAUCCACCUGGAUUCGCUCAAACUAUUAAAAGUUGGUUUGGCAAUAGUUCAAAUUCUCCUUCGUUGUUCAUUUUGGCUGUUGUCAUCUACUUGUCACCCAAUAUACUUGCUGCAAUAUUAUUUCUUUUCCCCUUCAUCCGUCGAUUCCUUGAGAGAUCAAACUACAGAAUCGUGAUGCUUAUGAUGUGGUGGUCACAGCCUCGGCUGUACGUUGGUAGGGGGAUGCAUGAGAGCACAUUUUCUCUUUUCAAGUACACAAUGUUUUGGGUUCUUCUGAUAAUGACAAAAUUGGCAUUCAGCUACUAUAUAGAGAUCAAGCCACUAGUGGGUCCAACAAAAGCUAUCAUGAGUGUUCACGUAUCGACUUAUCAGUGGCAUGAAUUUUUUCCCCGUGCAAGGAGCAAUAUUGGUGUUGUGAUUGCGCUUUGGGCUCCAAUUAUUCUUGUCUAUUUCAUGGAUACCCAGAUCUGGUAUGCCAUAUUCUCCACAUUAUUUGGAGGAAUAUAUGGUGCAUUUCGGCGUCUUGGAGAGGCUCUAGGUCAUGGUGCCUUUCGUGAUCAAUGA